UACAAAGUCUCCCAACCCCCAAGUGGAUUGGAGUAACUCGUGCGAUACAUUUUUAUAAAAUGCAGGCAUUUGACCCUUGUGAACUGUCAAAACAAUUACAUGCACUUUCCUUAUAAAGGACCUGAAAUCUCCCACGUUGUGAGUAUUGGUAAUGUGCAUCAAUCUACGCGAGAAAUGUGGGGUUUAAGAGUAACUGCAGUUAUGCUUACAUUAGAGUUCUUGGAUGUUGGCUUGAAUACUGUAAACAAAGCAGCCAUGAGCAGUGGCUUCAGUCACUAUAUACUAGUGGUUUACUCUAACAUGCUUGCCAUUUUCUUGCUUCUUUCAUCUUCUGUUAUCUUCUACAGAAAAAGAAUCGCUCCACCGCUUACACUAUCCAUACUUUGCAAAAUUUUUGUUCUUAGUCUGCUCAGUUGUGCUGGUCAGGUGUUCACAUAUAUUGGUAUAGGAUACAGCAAUCCAACUCUGGCCUCAGCAAUGAUUGAUUUAACUCCAGCUUUUACUUUCAUACUCGGUGUCAUCUCAGGGAUGGAAAGGCUGGACUUGAAAAGCAAAAGCAGUCAAGCAAAAUCUAUUGGAACAAUGAUGUUGAUAACUGGUGGACUAGUUGUAACUUUAUAUAAAGGUCUGCCAAUUAAUAAAUUACAAAGUCAGAUUCUUGUUUUGCCUCCAUCAAACUGGGCCAUCGGAGGUUUUUUCCUCGCAGUUCAUAGUUUUAUCCUUGCUGUAAUUUACAUUAUCCAGACUUGGAUCAUAAGGGACUAUCCGUCAGAGAUAAUCAUUACAUUGAUUAAUUGUUGCUUUGUGACUAUCCUGUCAGCCAUAGUUACUCUGAUUGCUGAGAAAGAUCUGAAUGCUUGGAAAAUAAGGCCUGAUAUUGGGUUGGUUGCCACUGGGUUCUCGGCAGUUUUUGCAGUAUCACUUCGAAGUGUUGUUCACACAUGGGCAUGUCAUAAGAGAGGCCCUGUAUAUACUUCCAUGUUUAAACCACUUGGGAUGGCUAUUGCAGUAUUCAUGGGGGUAUCUUUCAUAGGGGAUACUCUCUAUCUUGGAAGUGUGAUAGGAGCUGUUAUUAUUGCCUUUGGGUUUUAUGCUGUGGUUUGGGGAAAAACGCAAGAAGAAACAGUUGAAGACAAAGAGAGUUGUAGAUUUGAGUCUUCUUCCCCAAAAGUCCCUUUUCUGCAGAACAAAUUCCCAACUGUAUAGUAUUUUGCAUGAAAUACAUAAAAAUGGAACUUGAUUAGGUAGAUUUAUAUCAAUUUUAAGCUGAGGAAAUAUGUGUAAUCCUUUUUGUAAUAAAAAAGCUGUUGGUCAUUCAUAUUAGGUGUCUGUCUCUUUGAAUUUGAUACUCAAAUUAUUAGUUACAGAUCUUUCACAUCUUACAGGAUGAAAACAUACAUUUUUUUAUGGUUAUUAAUUAUAUCAUGUGGGAAUUACCUACAGUAAUUAUUGUUUUGCUCA